ACAUAAGCACAUGAGGUCGAGUGUCUCUUUCCACCUUCAGCCAUUUUAACAAUGUUGGGCACGGUCGGACGUUGUUGCUCCGGGGCUCUGCAGGCUCUGAAGCCUGGGAUCAACGCUCUGAAAGCGUGUACUGCCGCCCCAACUGUUCUUUAUUCACGCAGGACCUAUGCUGCAGCAGCUGCCCCCUCAGCCAAGGCUGCUAUUGCCUCUGGUCGUAUUGUUGCAGUCAUUGGUGCUGUUGUGGAUGUCCAGUUUGAUGAGGGUCUACCUCCUAUUCUCAAUGCUCUGGAAGUUGCAGGGCGUGAGACAAGACUGGUGCUGGAGGUUGCUCAGCAUCUUGGGGAGAACACGGUGCGUACCAUUGCCAUGGAUGGUACUGAAGGUCUUGUUCGUGGACAGCAGGUUCUAGAUACUGGGGCACCCAUCCGUAUUCCUGUGGGCCCAGAGACCUUGGGCAGGAUCAUGAAUGUCAUUGGCGAGCCUAUUGAUGAGAGAGGACCGAUAACCACCAAACAAACUGCUCCCAUCCAUGCUGAGGCUCCUGAAUUUACAGACAUGAGUGUGGAACAGGAGAUCUUGGUGACUGGCAUCAAGGUGGUUGACCUGCUUGCCCCAUAUGCCAAGGGUGGCAAGAUUGGCCUUUUUGGUGGAGCGGGCGUGGGCAAGACUGUACUCAUCAUGGAGCUGAUCAACAAUGUAGCCAAGGCUCAUGGUGGUUACUCGGUGUUUGCUGGAGUGGGAGAGCGAACCCGUGAGGGAAAUGACCUGUACCAUGAAAUGAUCGAGUCUGGUGUUAUCAAUUUGAAGGAUACCACCUCUAAGGUUGCACUGGUGUAUGGUCAAAUGAAUGAACCCCCAGGCGCCCGUGCCAGAGUUGCAUUGACUGGUCUUACUGUUGCGGAAUACUUCCGUGAUCAAGAGGGACAGGAUGUACUGCUCUUUAUUGACAACAUCUUCAGGUUCACCCAGGCAGGCUCAGAGGUGUCUGCAUUACUGGGUCGUAUACCCUCUGCUGUGGGUUACCAACCCACUCUGGCCACUGACAUGGGUACCAUGCAGGAGCGAAUUACUACCACCAAGAAAGGAUCCAUCACCUCUGUACAGGCCAUUUAUGUGCCUGCUGAUGACUUGACUGACCCUGCUCCUGCCACCACCUUCGCCCACUUGGAUGCCACCACUGUGCUGUCUCGUGCCAUUGCUGAGCUGGGCAUCUACCCUGCUGUGGACCCUCUUGAUUCCACCUCCCGUAUCAUGGACCCUAACAUUGUUGGAGCAGAGCACUAUGAUGUUGCCCGUGGAGUGCAGAAGAUCCUGCAGGACUACAAGUCACUCCAGGACAUUAUUGCUAUCUUGGGUAUGGAUGAGUUGUCCGAGGAAGACAAGCUGACUGUGGCUCGUGCCCGCAAGAUACAGCGUUUCCUCUCCCAACCGUUUCAGGUGGCUGAAGUCUUCACUGGUCAUAUGGGAAAACUGGUACCCCUCAAGGAUACCAUCAAAGGAUUCCAGAGCAUUUUGGCAGGUGAGUAUGAUCCCUUGCCUGAACAGGCGUUCUAUAUGGUGGGUCCCAUUGAAGAAGUUGUCCAGAAGGCUGAGAGACUGGCUGAAGAACAUUCUUAGUUGAUUUGUGGCAAUGUGAGAUGUUCCUAUGUUCUGAGAGGAGCGCUUGGUUUGAAAAUGAUCAUCCAAAACUUGUCCUGUCAUCCUAAAGUUCUAUUUAAUGUUCCAUUCUAAAGAGGAAGGUGAAAUAAAAAAAUUUUAAAUGUUG